UGCUUAAUCCCUAAAAUUAAGUAAAAAACAAUAUUUCUUGGGCGGAGUUUAAAGAUUCGGCUGGUUACAGUAAAGCAAGCCUCAAUAGAACUAGAACUGUGUCUACAAAAUUUAAGCAUGCAUUCAAUGAUUUAAUCUAAAAUCAUGGUUGUUCUUACUAAAACAUACAUCAUAAUAUCCAUCCAAACUACUUCUUCUGUUUAUUAACAUAUAUCCACGAUUUCUUGCACGUCAAAUCAAAGCAACACAUCAAUUUCAUGUCUAACGUUUGCCACAAACCAGUUUGAAGUACGAAGACUCCUCUCAAGUUCCCAACAACAAAGUCAAAAGAGCCAAACCCAUUUUGGUUUUUUUAUUCAAUCAAAAGCAUGGUGGUGGGAUGUUUGGAUAGUCCAAGAAAUUUCAGUUUUGGGUUUUAGUAUAUGAUUCGGGAUUCUGGUGAUAUUUCCUUUCUUGGGAUGACUAUAUCGAGAACUUGGACAUUCGGAGCUGCUCUGCUCAUCUGGCUCUGUUGGUCUUCAUUACUUGUAGCAGCACAAAAUGCACCCACUGACCCUGUAGAAGUGAACGCAUUGCGAGACAUCAAGAACAGUUUGAUUGAUAUCAAUAACAAUUUGAGUAAUUGGAGACGAGGCGAUCCAUGCACAUCAAACUGGACAGGGGUUUUGUGCUUCAAUAAAACAGAAGAGGAUGGCUAUCAACAUGUUCGAGAAUUGCAACUGUUGAAUAUGAAUUUAUCAGGAACUUUAUCACCAUCCCUCGGCAGCUUAUCUUAUAUGGAAAUAUUGGAUUUUAUGUGGAACAACAUUACUGGAAGCAUACCACCGGAGAUAGGAAAUAUUACACCUUUGGUACUCUUGCUCCUGAAUGGAAAUCAAUUAACGGGUCCCUUGCCUGACGAGCUUGGCUAUCUUCCAAACUUGGAAAGGAUACAGAUAGACCAGAAUAAUAUAUCAGGACCAAUACCUAAAUCAUUUGCAAACUUGAACAAAACACAGCACUUUCACAUGAACAACAAUUCAAUUAGUGGGAAUAUCCCAGCUGAACUUUCAAGAUUACCAAGUCUACUUCACUUCCUUCUGGAUAACAACAACCUAUCAGGAACUCUUCCGCCAGAGUUAUCUAACUUUCCGAAUUUACUUAUACUCCAACUUGACAAUAACAACUUUGAUGGGAGCACAAUCCCGGCUUCUUAUGGAAACAUGACUAAAUUGUUGAAGUUGAGUCUGAGGAACUGUAGCUUGCAAGGUCCAAUGCCUGACUUGAGUGGGAUACCAAAUCUUGGCUAUCUAGACCUCAGUUUCAACCAGCUAGCUGGACCCAUACCUACAAAUAAGCUUUCUAAGAAUAUUACAACCAUCGAUUUAUCCUACAACAAUCUUAACGGGACUAUUCCUGCCAACUUUUCAGAACUUCCUCUACUUCAGCAACUGUCAAUUGCAAACAAUUCAUUGAGUGGCUCUGUUCCCUUCACAACCUGGCAAACUAGGGCCAACGGGACUGAAGGACUUGACUUGGACUUUGAAAACAAUACACUUUCAAAUAUUUCUGGCAGUAUCAGUCUCCCUCAGAAUGUCACGCUGAGGCUUAAAGGAAAUCCUGUGUGCUCAAAUUCCAGCAUAUUUCAAUUUUGUGAAUCUCAGAAUAACGAUAUGAACAAUCAGAGUUCAACAGAAUCUAAUGCUACCUGUUUUACUCAAUCAUGUCCAUCCCCUUACGAAUAUUCCCCAACAUCCCCAACAUCUUGUUUCUGUGCUGCCCCUUUGAUCUUUGGAUAUCGACUGAAAAGUCCCGGCUUCUCAAAGUUUGUUCCUUACAGAAUUAGAUUUGAGAAUUAUUUGACCUCUGGUCUCAAAUUGAGUCUCUUUCAGCUAGACCUUGCUUCAGUUGUAUGGGAAAGCGGACCUCGAUUAAAAAUGCAUUUGAAGCUUUUCCCUGUCUAUGUUAAUGGAACCAAUACCUUUAAUACAAGUGAGGCUCGGCGCAUCAUUAGCAUGUUCACUGGGUGGAAAAUUCCGGACAGUGAAAUAUUCGGACCUUAUGAACUUCUUUACAUCACUUUGUUGGAUCCUUACAGAGAUGUGAUUGUCACCUCUCAGAAAUCUAAUAAAAUAAGCACGGGUGCUCUGGUUGGCAUAGUAUUGGGAGCCAUUGCUGGCGCAGUUACAUUAUCUGCAGUUGUUUCACUUCUUAUCUUGAGAAGGCGUUUGAGGGACUACACAGCAAUAUCAAAAAGACGUCGCCAGUCCAAAGCCUCCUUGAAAAUUGAAGGCGUGAAGGAUUUUUCUUAUGCUGAAAUGGCCAUGGCUACAAACAAUUUCAAUAGCUCCAGUCAAGUUGGUCAAGGGGGUUAUGGAAAAGUUUAUAAAGGGAUCCUUGCUGAUGGCAGAACUGUGGCUAUAAAACGGACUGAAGAGGGAUCUUUACAGGGCGAGAAAGAGUUUUUAACAGAAAUAGAGUUGUUGUCAAGGUUACAUCAUCGGAACCUUGUAUCUUUGCUUGGAUAUUGUGACGAGCAAGGAGAACAGAUGUUGGUUUACGAGUUCAUGCCAAAUGGCACUCUUAGAGAUCAUCUAUCAGUGAAGGGAAAAGAACCCUUGAGUUUUGCGACAAGAUUGAAAAUUGCCAUGACUUCAGCUAAGGGCAUACUCUACCUGCAUACAGAAGCUAAUCCUCCGAUAUUUCAUCGAGAUAUCAAGGCCAGCAACAUAUUAGUGGACUCCAGGUAUGAUGCCAAAGUUGCUGAUUUCGGACUUUCAAGACUUGCCCCAGUUCCAGAUAUCGAAGGGAGUGUGCCAGAUCAUAUAUCUACGGUUGUGAAGGGCACUCCAGGUUACCUUGAUCCGGAGUAUUUUCUAACUCAUAAAUUGACAGACAAGAGUGAUGUUUAUAGCCUCGGUGUAGUGUUUCUGGAGCUGUUGACGGGGAAGCAGCCAAUCUCACAUGGCAAAAACAUUGUUCGAGAGGUUAAAAUCGCAUAUCAAUCUGGUAUGAUCUUCUCGAUUAUCGAUGAACGAAUGGGUUCUUAUCCUUCCGACUGCAUUGACAAGUUCUUGACUUUGGCCAUGAAAUGUUGCAACGAGGAGACAGAUGCGAGACCAUCAAUGGCUGAUGUAGUCCGAGAACUUGAAGGUAUAUGGCAUAUGAUGUCAGAAUCUGACACUACAACAACAGAUACAAUCAGCACCGAUAACAGAAAGGAAAUGACUCCACCCUCUUCAUCCUCUAUGAUGAUGAACCCUUGUGUGUCAUCAGAAGUGUCUGGCAGCGACCUUGUUAGCGGAGCCGUUCCUACCAUCACUCCAAGAUAAAUGAAAGACACAAAAUGGGAAACCAGUUCUUGGGUUGCUACAGUGCUUGAAAGAUUGUGUGGGGAGUCAUCUAUCAACAACCUUCUGUUCAGUUUUUUGUAAACAUACUAGGUAGAGCAAUGGCAAUAGAGAUGCAUUACAAUGCCGAAAUAUUUUUGACUGACAUGUAAUGAAAAAAUAGUGAUAUCACAAUGAAAUCCAUUUGUAUACA